AUGACGAAGCUCGUCCGCAGCCUCCGACACCUUCCGACGUCUGCUUCAGCUCAGCAUUGUAUAAGGUCAAUGGUCAAUCAAAUGGAUUCAACAAGGUACAAUGUACUUAUUGACCUCAAUGGCACCUGCCACAUCUCCGACGAGCCGACCCCCGGCGCGGUCGAGGCGAUGCAAAAGCUUCGGGCUGCUCAGCACAAGUUCCCAGAUCGUCUUAACCUACGCUUUUGCAGCAACACGAGCAAGGAAUCCUCGCAUUCACUCCUGUCGCGCCUUCGCCGCGUCGGAUUCGGUGCCGAUCUCGUUACGGCGCACGAUGUGUUCACAAGCCUAGAUGCCGCGAUUCGGCUUGUGUCUCGCCGCAACCUGCGACCUCUGCUGCUUCUGUCCUCGUCCGCUCAGGCCAGCUUCAUGGAAGCAGAGCCUCUCGCCAAAGCUUGCUUCUUUGCCAGUCCAGAGCUGGAUCCGGCCAGGAUGAGCGCGGAACAAAGGUUUCGUCUGCGAGCGUGCAACGCAGUGGUUGUGGGCCUGUGUCCGGAGCUCAUGACGCAGAAAUGGCUCGAUGAAGCUUUCCGGCUGCUGUCUGGCGAAUACGGUGCAACGCAGCAAGUCGCUCUGAUUGCGACGCAUCGCGCAUUAUACCAUCGUCCGAGUGAAGGUGCACCGCUGUCGAUGGGUCCGGGCGCUUUUGUGGCGGCGCUCGAAGCUGCUUGUCACCGCGACGCCAGCUCUACAACGAUAUGCGGCAAGCCGAGCGAAGCAUUCCUGCGCGAAUGCAUUGCAGGUAUGAUGAGCAGAGCUGAGGAGAGAAUGGAUAGCUACACGAAUAUCAUUUUCGUACUGGCAAGUUCAGAGAGGGCGACGACACGCGCGGAGAUCGGCCAGCGGAUGAGACGCACGACAACUUUGCGUCGUGGGUCGAUAGCUUCAUCUCGAGCGAGCUCCGAUGAUGAGCGAAGCAGCGAGGAUGGUUUGCAAUGCAUGUGCGCAUUCGAUGCUUCGGAAGGGUCGACGCCAGAUUUCAAGAAGAUCUGCGGAGACAUCCGCUGCAUCAAGCGCGUCGAAUGCCCGCUGGCUGAACGAAAGGAAGCUUCUAAGCGUCCGGAUGUUUCCGAAGAGGACCCUGAAUUCUACUCCGGCCAGCAAUAUUAA